GCUUAUCGGAUCGGUUGAGGAGUUCGUUUCCAAAAGCGGAUCGGAUCUCAGAUGGAGGGCCUCAACUUUUCGGCGUCCGAGUGGCUCGGCGCUGUGGAGGAUGUGCUGAAGAGCCACCUCACAGGGGAAAAUCGCUACACGCAAAGCUUCACGGAGGAUGUGCAGGCCUUCGUUCAUGCCAUCGAUUGGAGGACGGACUUUUGGAUCUUUGGGCUCUUCCUGGUCGAGUUUCUGGACCUUUUGAUGGUCGUGAUCAACCGGAGGUCCUGGGAACGCUUAGCCAUGAUCUUCCUGGCCAACACCGGGAUCCUGUAUUGUGCGGAGUGGCUGAACCAGCUGGCCAGCAAGAACUGGAAGACCUUCUCAAGCCAGGACUACUUCGAUAAAGCAGACUCCAUUUGCAGUGCAGCCCCAUUUCUUUACGCGAACUCAACGGGGGCCCACGGGAGCAGAACUUCGAGAGCCUCAGAAAUGAUGGCUGUGAAGGUCCGGUCCCCAACAAUCAAAAGUCAAGCCCCUCCGAAGCACAGAGAUGCAUGCGUUCAAAGAGUUUCAGGUAGGAGCAAGGACGCUACUACUAGCUCCUGGCAUCGCUACUAGUAACAAAGGGCAUCGCUACUAGGAGCAAGUUUUCUGCAGUUUCAAGGGGACCUCGAUGAGAUGUCUCAGAAUCUGGUGGCCGGUGGCCUUUGGCCCUAUGUUCAAAAAGCAG